UCUUUAAGCCAAUUCUCGGUAAUCUCUCGAUUACCUUCACUGAAUGUUCUCGUCAAGGUAAUUUAUGCAGGCGCCUUUUGGCUCUCAGCAUUGCAUCGCCGAAUUGACCUAGGCCCGAUGCAGCCCAAGUCCAUCUGCAUCUAUCGCAGCCUUCUUUGGGAAUCCUUCGUUUGGUUCAGAAAUAUAGCACUGCUGGCUUCUCCUCAUCGUGAUUCCUGCUCUGAAACCUUAAUCAAGAACAGGCCAUCUCUCGCAUCACUUGUUAUUACCAUCAGGUUUGUUUCAGUAUCAGUAGGGACCAUGGAUGAAGAAAACGAUGGCUCUACACAGAGCAUCACGGUAGAAAUGAAAGUAUACAUGCAUUGCGACGCUUGCGAAAGGAAAGUGCGCCGUACCAUCAGCAAAGUCGAAGGCGUCGGGACGGUAGAGGUGGACAGGGAAGAGAACAAGGUCACAGUGACGGGAGAUUUUGAGCCUGAGAAGGUGGUGAGGAAGAUCAGGAAGAAGACCGGAAAGAAGGCGGAGAUCUUGGUCCGCGAGGAAAACGAGGAGGACGAAGGCAACGGAGAAGAAACUUACGUUCCUUAUCCAUUGCUGUACCCUGAUGCAGAUAUUCCCGACGAGUUUCAGACCUAUAGGCCGGAACGAUGGAACUUCCAUUACUUUGACGACGAAAACUCACAAGCGUGUACGGUAAUGUAACUUCGAUUAACGAUAGUUAUAUUUAUGAGUACAAAUAUCGAACAAAUGUGUUAAAACUCAACUGGCCUAUUAGCUCAGCUGGUUAGAGCGUUGUGCUAAUAACGCGAAGGUCGCAGGUUCG